AUGGGAGAGUUUCAACACGGUCUUUUUGGAUGUUUCGACAAUAUCGGCUUGUGCCUGGUAUCAUAUUUUGUACCGUGUUACCAGUUCGGUAAAAAUGCAGAGGCCGUUGGAGAAGGGUGUUUCCUUUGCGGGAUAGCGUCGCUGGUGCCUUUAGUGAAUUUCUAUGCGGUGAUGAAAAUCCGUGGGAAAAUCCGUGAAGCUAAAGGCAUUGAGGGGUCGGCAGUAUCAGACUUAUUCACAUGGUGUUUUUGUGGAAUUUGUGCGCUAGUACAGGAAGCACAGGAGGUCCAGGGAAUGACACCCCAAUCCAUCGCCCGGGAAUAA